AUGUGGUUGUGGAUGGUGGGAUUCAUUGCUGAGACAGUCAGGGUGUUGAGUUCAGGUCUGUCCUGUGGUCUACGGGGCAGAUCUGUCUCAGAGAGCCUGUAUAAAGAGGGAGAUGUGAUAAUUGGUGGACUGUUUCCUGUACACACUGAAGCACCAGUGCCUGAACAUGCUUUCACUCAAAUACAGCAUGGAGCUCGAUGCCAGGGUGUUGACCUUCGUUCAUACCGCUGGCUCAAAGCUAUGAUCUUCACAGUGGAGGAGAUUAAUCGUGACCCUGUCCUGCUUCCAAAUGUUACCCUGGGGUAUCUGGUAACCGACACCUGCCUGGCUGAGGGCACGACCCUCAGUGCUGCUUUAGCUUUGGUAACGGGGCAGGAGGAGACUGUGUCGGGAACAGAGUGCAAUGGGGCCCCAGUGGUGCCUGUCAUUAUCGGAGAUGCCCGUUCCUCUGCCUCAAUAGUGGUGGCUGACACGUUGGGAGUGUUUGAUAUCCCCAUGGUGAGUUACUUCGCCUCUUGUGACUGUCUUAGUGACAGUCGCAGAUUUCACACAUUCUUGCGUACUGUUCCCAGUGAUGCCUUCCAGGCCAUGGCCAUGGCCCACAUGCUGCGCCUACUGGAAUGGACCUGGGUGGGUGUGGUUGCAGGAGAUGAUGAAUAUGGCAAAAGUGGUGUGCAGCUGCUCUUAAAAGAGCUGGAGUUUUCAGGGGUCUGUGUGGACUACCUUGAAAUCAUUCCAAAGUCACAUUCACAGAGCAGAAUCAGGCGGAUUGUGCAGAGAAUUCAGACCUCCACAGCUCGUGUGGUGGUAACCUUUGCCAUCGGCCCAGACUUAGAAGUCAUAUUCAAAGAAAUUGUUAUGCAGAAUGUGACCAACAGGCAGUGGAUAGCCACAGAGGCUUGGAGCACUUCCACUCAGUACUCUGAUCCAGCGAGUAUUCCUCUCCUAGAUGGUACCAUCGGCUUUGCCCUGCGCAGGGCUGAUAUUCGGGGUCUUGUGGCUUUUCUUGCCCAGCUGAGCCCUGAGAGGCAGCCAAAUGAGCCAUUCGUAAAAGAUGUAUGGGAAGAAAUUUUUGGGUGCUCGCUGGCACAGGACUGGCAGCCUUCAUUUAAAAGACCAAAGUGCACAGGCUCAGAGGAUGUGGUGAAGCAUGGGCGCAUCUAUACAGAUGUCACACAGCUGAGAGUCACUUACAAUGUGUAUAAGGCUGUAUAUGCUAUUGCCAAUGCUAUUCAGAACAUGAUGGCCUGUCAGCCUGGUAGAGGGCCAUUUGAAAAUGGAAAAUGUCCUGAUGUGACCCGAAUAAAGCCCAGACAGCUAAUGCACUACUUAUAUGCAGUAAACUUCACAACACCAGUGGGUGAGCUGGUCUAUUUUGAAGAUAACGGAGAGCCAUCUGCCUCUUAUGACAUUAUGAACUGGCAUGUAGAUGAAAGCGGAGCAGUGAAUUUUGUCCAAGUGGGACAGUUUGAUGCAGCCAAAGGACCAGGCCAGGAGCUGAACAUAAACCUUGAACGAGUGGUUUGGGGUGGGGGCUGGACUGACCAGGUGCCUGUGUCUGUGUGCAGUGCAAGCUGUCCCGCAGGCACCAGGAAGGCUGUAAAGAGAGGAAAACCAGUCUGCUGUUUCGACUGCCUCCCUUGUGCAGUAGGGGAAAUCAGUAAUGUGACAGACUCUACAGAGUGUAUGAAAUGUCCGGAGCGGUUCUGGUCAAACAUUGAGAGGACAAGGUGCAUCCCAAAGAUUGUGGAGUUUCUGUCCUUGCAAGAUACUAUGGGAAUUGUGCUGACAGUUUUAUCUGUCACUGGGGCAACACUAACCACAUCUGUUCUAGCAGCCUUUUUUCAUCACCGUGACACACCCCUUGUGCGAGCCAACAACUCAGAGCUGAGCUUCCUGCUGUUGGUAUCACUCACACUCUGCUUCCUUUGUGCAUUAGUUUUCAUUGGCCGGCCUGCACCUUGGAAUUGCAUGCUACGUCACACCCUGUUUGGAGUAAGCUUUGUGAUUUGCAUCGCCUGCGUCCUCAGUAAGACUGUGGUGGUGCUGGUGGCUUUUCGGGCCACUCUGCCUGGAUCGAACCUGAUGCAAUACUUUGGGCCUAUCCAGCAGAGGGCAGGCAUCUUCCUUUGCACACUGAUUCAGUUUGUCAUUUGUUUGCUGUGGCUCUUGCUGGCUCCCCCCCUGCCCACAGAAAGUACAGGAGGUGAGCUUGGUGCUCGGGUGAUCCUCCAGUGCACGGUAGGAUCCGUAGUGGGGUUUGUACUGGUGCUGGGUUAUAUCGGCCUACUUGCAGUAGUUUGCUUCUUGCUGGCUUUCUUUGCUCGGAAGCUCCCAGACAAUUUCAAUGAGGCUAAAUUCAUUACUUUCAGCAUGCUGAUCUUCUGUGCUGUGUGGAUUGCAUUUGUUCCAGCAUAUGUCAGCUCACCAGGGAAAUACACAGUGGCUGUGGAGAUUUUCGCCAUUCUAGCCUCCAGUUACGGCCUGCUUCUUUGUAUUUUUACUCCAAAGUGUUAUAUAAUAAUGCUUAGACCUGAAAAAAAUACAAAAAAGAGCAUGAUGGCCAGAUAAGGAUAAAAACAAAUUGCAGACUUUUGUGAGAAAUUGCGUUUUUCAUGAAGAUAAUAUCUAUUUAUAUGUAGAAAUCAUUUUAAUAUUAUAUAAAUGCAUAAUGCAAUGUUUUAUUUCAAA